GAGCGUGGAGAGGCAGCGGCGGCAGAAAUGAUGGAAGAACUGCAUAGCCUGGACCCACGAAGGCAGGAAUUACUGGAGGCCAGGUUCACUGGAGUUGGCGUUAGUAAGCGUCGAGUAGAACAGCCUCUGUAUGGUUUAGAUGGCAGUGCUGCAAAGGAAGCCUCAGAAGAGCAGUCUGCCCUGCCAACCCUCAUGUCCGUGAUGUUAGCAAAGCCUCGACUUGACACGGAGCAGUUAGCGCCACGGGGAGCUGGCCUCUGCUUCACUUUCGUCUCUGCUCAACAAAACAGCCCUUCUUCUACGGGUUCUGGCAAUACAGAACAUUCUUGCAGCUCCCAAAAACAGAUCUCCAUCCAGCACAGACAGACCCAGUCUGACCUCACAAUAGAAAAAAUAUCUGCACUAGAAAACAAUAAGAACUCUGACUUAGAGAAGAAGGAAGGAAGAAUAGAUGAUUUAUUAAGAGCCAACUGUGAUUUGAGACGACAGAUAGAUGAGCAGCAAAAGAUGCUAGAGAAAUACAAGGAGCGGUUAAAUAGGUGUGUCACCAUGAGCAAGAAGCUCCUCAUAGAGAAGUCAAAACAAGAGAAGAUGGCAUGUAGAGAUAAGAGCAUGCAGGACCGAUUGCGGUUAGGUCACUUCACUACUGUCCGGCAUGGAGCCUCUUUUACGGAGCAGUGGACAGAUGGCUAUGCUUUCCAAAACCUCAUCAAGCAACAGGAAAGGAUAAAUUCACAGAGAGAAGAAAUAGAAAGGCAACGGAAAAUGUUAGCAAAGCGGAAACCCCCUGCCAUGGGUCAGGCCCCUCCCGCAACCAAUGAGCAGAAACAACGGAAAAGCAAGACCAAUGGAGCUGAAAAUGAAACGUUAACCUUAGCGGAAUACCAUGAACAAGAGGAAAUCUUCAAACUUAGAUUAGGUCAUCUUAAGAAAGAGGAAGCAGAAAUCCAGGCAGAGCUGGAAAGGCUAGAAAGGGUUAGGAAUCUACAUAUCAGGGAAUUAAAAAGGAUACAUAAUGAAGAUAAUUCACAGUUUAAAGACCAUCCAACACUAAAUGACAGAUAUUUGUUGUUACAUCUUUUGGGUAGAGGAGGUUUCAGUGAAGUUUACAAGGCAUUUGAUCUAACGGAACAAAGAUAUGUAGCUGUGAAAAUUCACCAGUUAAAUAAAAACUGGAGAGAUGAGAAAAAGGAGAAUUACCACAAGCAUGCGUGUAGGGAAUACCGGAUUCACAAAGAACUGGACCAUCCCCGAAUAGUAAAGCUGUAUGAUUACUUUUCACUGGACACUGAUUCGUUUUGUACAGUAUUAGAAUACUGUGAAGGAAACGAUCUGGACUUCUACCUAAAACAGCACAAAUUAAUGUCGGAGAAGGAAGCCCGGUCCAUUAUUAUGCAGAUUGUGAACGCUUUAAAGUACUUAAAUGAAAUAAAACCUCCCAUCAUACACUAUGACCUCAAACCAGGUAAUAUCCUUUUAGUAAAUGGUACCGCAUGUGGAGAGAUAAAAAUUACAGAUUUUGGUCUUUCCAAGAUCAUGGAUGAUGAUAGCUACAAUUCAGUGGAUGGCAUGGAGCUAACAUCACAAGGUGCUGGUACUUAUUGGUAUUUACCACCAGAGUGUUUUGUGGUUGGGAAAGAGCCACCAAAGAUCUCAAAUAAAGUCGAUGUCUGGUCAGUGGGUGUGAUCUUCUACCAGUGUCUUUAUGGGAGGAAGCCUUUUGGCCAUAACCAGUCCCAGCAAGAUAUUCUACAAGAGAAUACUAUUCUUAAAGCUACUGAAGUCCAGUUCCCGCCAAAGCCAGUAGUAACACCUGAAGCAAAGGCAUUUAUCAGGCAAUGUUUGGCCUAUCGAAAGGAAGACCGUAUUGAUGUGCAGCAGCUGGCCUGUGACCCCUACUUGUUGCCUCACAUCCGAAAGUCAGUCUCCACAAGUAGUCCUGCAGGAGCUGCUACUGCGUCAACCUCUGGGGCAUCCAAUAACAGUUCUUCGAAUUGAGACCAACUCCCAAGGCCACAAAACUGUUCAGCACACAAAGUGGACACAUGGCAUUCAGCAGUGGGUUUGGAACAUAGUGAAUCCGAAUGGAUCUCAUGAAACCUGUACCAGGUGCUUUUAUUUUCUUGCUUUUUUUCCCAUCCAUAGAGCAUGACAGCAUCAAUUCUCAUUGAAGAGAAGCCUUGGGCAGCUCUGGCCAGGCCUCAUAGGAAAAGGCCCCGCCCGAGGUUCCAGCGUCAACGGUCACCCGUGGGUGGCUGCUCUGAGUGAGGAAAAAGUUAAAAAGAAAAAACUGGUUCCAUGUACUGUGAACUUGCAAACAUGCAGACUCGGGGUUCCCUGACACAGUGCUUCAGAUGAAGAAUGUGGACUUGAAAAUACAGACUGGGCUAGUCCAGUGUCUAUAUUUAAACUUGCUCUUUUCUUUUAAUAAAGUUUAGGUAACAUCUCCUGAAAAGCUGGUAGCACAAGGCUCGGCUGGGGAUGGCGUUUGACUUCGGAGGAAAAAGUUGCUACUGCCAUUAAAGGCACUAGAGUUAGUGUGCUAGCCCUGAAUAAUCUCAGUUUCUAAAAACAUGCAGCUUCCCUCAUCCCUUUUUUAUUUUUGAAAGAAUACAUUUGGUCAUAAAGUGAAACCCGUAUUAGCGAGUACGUGGCAAUGUUCAUUCCGGUCAGAUGCAGCUUUCUCCUCCAUCUGCUCUCCCACUUGGGAAUGCUUCCCUCACCUCAGUAGGAGAAGCAGUGGGAGUUCUGAGAUGCGAGAGUUUGGCCAUCAGACAAAGAAUGAGGUUAAAAGACUGCAGUUUGGAGUCUCUCUAGGUUUUCAGAUAUUUCUUCACAAUUUGAACACUUGACGGUUGUCCCUUUUAAUUUAUUUGAAGUGCUAUUUUUUUAAAUAAAGGUUCAUCUGUCCAUG